AUGAUAGCAAAUUGGGAGUCAUUUACCUACAAUCCUUGGCAUGUCGAACGAAUAACAAGUAUUGAAAGUGCAGAGGCUAAUACUGAUUCAGAAAUUGAAGAGAAUGAAGCUAUUCAGAGAAAUACCACAGAGCAUGAAUGGGAAAUUAUAUCUAGGCUACAUCAUGGUCAAAAUAUACAAUUUUCAGAAAUAGAUAUGUUGGGGAGAAGAGACAUUGAUAGACAUACAAAUUGGUCUACUGAUUAUCAAGGUGAAGAGUACACAACUACAGCAAUCAGUUUCAUAACUAACAUGAAGGAUCAUGGAUGUCUUAUAUAUGAUGAUAUACCCCAAUGCAUCAACUACAUGACCCUCAGUGAUAAGCAAAAAAAGGCAGUUGAUAUAAUUAUGACACACUAUCAGAGGAGUCAAAAUAAAGUGCCAUUGUUCAUGAUAAUUCAGGGAACAACAGGUACAGGAAAGUCAUAUUUAAUUGGUGCCAUCAGUCAAGCUCUUGAAAAUGCUGCAAUGCCAUCUCGUUCUCCCCUUCUAUUACUCGCACCAACAGGAGUUGCAACGUUCAAUAUAGGGGCCUCUACAGUUCACUCCAAAUUGAGAAUCCCAAUACAAGAUUUCACUCAACUACAAGGAACAAGAAUUGCCAUUUUUCAAGAAGAAAUGGCGCAUAUCAAGUACAUUUUGAUUGAUGAAAUGAGCUUCAUUGGUCAAAACAUGUUGGAAAACAUAGAUUCUCGACUCCGACAAGCAUACCCACAAAGUGCACACCUAAGUUUUGCAGGUAUAUCUAUGAUUUUGGUAGGAGAUUUGGGUCAAUUGCCUCCGGUUAAUGAUAGACCUGCAUAUGCCAGUAAUAGACGGGCAAAGCUACUAUGGGAGGAAUUCAAAAUUGUGGUUACUUUAGAUAAAAUAUUCAGACAAGAUGGAGAAAAUAUUCAGCAACAAAGAUUUCGUCAACUUUUGACAAAUCUAAGAGAUGCAAACCCUCAAAUUGAUGAUUGGAAGCUACUAAUGAUGAGAACCCCUACUAACAUAGAUGUUGCAAGUAAUUCUGAAUUUGAAAAUACUGUCCAUUUGUUCUCCACAAAUAACAAUGUUCAUAGUCAUAAUAAAAAAAUGUUAUAUUCAUUGAGGCAUCCCGUUGCACGAAGUGUUGCAACAAAAGCAGGAAGUGUUAAUAUAGCAGAAGAUUUCUCAACUGGUGAACUUGAUCUAGAGUUAUUGAUCAGUAAGAAUUCAAGGGUCAUGCUAACUUCAAACCUUUGGAUACAAGCAGGUCUUGUAAAUGGAGCUUUGGGAUAUGUUCAAAAGAUUGUCUACAAGCCAGGAAGUGCUCCACCUGACCCACCGACAUAUGUGAUGGUUGAAUUUGAUCAUUACUCAGGAUUACCAUUUGAAGAUCAUCAUCCAAAUACAAUUCCAAUAACACCAAUACAAAAGGGCAGAACACUUCAGCUACCAUUGAGAUUGGCAUGGGCAUUGACUAUACAUAAAUCUCAAGGAUUGACUCUUCCAAAAGUAACUAUCGAUAUAGGACCAAGAGAAAGAACUGGAUUGACAUUUGUUGUAGUAUCUCGUGUAAAAUCUCUAGAGGGUUUGAGAAUAAUGCCACCAUUUACAUAUGAUCGUUAUGAGAAAAUGAAAAAGGGUAGACAACUUGCGAAGCGCAAGGCUGAGGAAAAUAGGCUCAAACUUUUGGAAGAUAAUUGA